AUGCCGACACGACUUUUCACUCUGAGCACCCUCGUGGACAGAUCCAAGCCUCAUACAUCUCGGAGCCUCGUUGGUCUUUUCAUCCAACAAGGACUUGGGAUUUCCAGUCCUCACUUUCUCGCCGGCACCCAUCCGACUCAUCUCUUCAAGCAGUCAAAACUAGUAUCUGCUACCGUGCCGUUGCUGUUUUCUAGAAUAUCAGCACACCGAUACUUGGACACAAAAGAGAAGAUGAGAGACUCGGCGACUAAGCUGUGUGAGGCUUGUGUAAAAAUCGAUCCCAGAAAGAUCGUGAGACUGGACUUGAAGAAACUGGGCAAGAGCUUGGAGAAGGGCAUUUUGAUAGCUAAGCUCGGCUCGAGAGUCAGCUCUCCUCCGACUAACGGCUGCGACCUUUGUAUGUUCUUCUAUCAAAACCGGUAUGAAGAGGAAGAUUAUGAAGAAGAGCAAACCAGCUCAGAAUUCGAUGAAGAAUACAGAGGACGAUAUUAA